AUGAGAAAUGUUCUUAAGGAUUUAGUAACUGGAGUACUGUUUUCGUCUAAUGCUUGUACAUUGUCGACUGCAUUCAAGGAGCGAUUUGAUAAAGUAAAUGGAUCGAGAUUGUACUUUCUACACAAGGAGAUUUUUACUAUGACUCAAGGAAUUUGUUCCGUUUCUACCUAUUUUACAAAACUUAGGGAUCUAUUGGUAGAGUAUGACUCCAUUUUGCUACCACCUCCAGCAGUUGAAUAUUUUGAGCAGCUGGAGUACCAACGUUUGUUGCAGUUUCUCAUGGGAUUAAGUGAUAGCUUUGAACAAGCUAGAAGUCAGAUCCCCUUAAUGUCUACCCUGCCGCCUAUCAACAAUGCAUAUGCCAUGGUAGUUCAAGACGAAAGUAGGAGGAUGAUUACUGGUGCCAAUUAUGGAAAUGCAGGGAACAUUGAGCCUACAGCUCUAUUCAGUGCACAAUCAGGAAUCAAGCAAAGGAGAAAUUAUAGUUUGGAGUUUGAUUUUGUCACUUAA